AUUUAGUUAAGGGAACCAGCCCCUUUCACCCAACGAAAAGCGCAUGCCCCCCUCCAUUUGCACAUGCUCAGUACGAAAACGGAGGCGCCAACUCCUGAUAGGGAGGCAAAUCUAAUCGGCCGCCGCCAUAUUGCGGAUCUGUCAGCGGACGCGGCGCUGCCGCUUUUGCGCGUCUUCCCUGCAGCGGGGCUGUAUCGGCACCAGGGAGCUCUGAGGAAAAGGAGAACGGGAGUGCGCACGCGCGCGCGCGCUCUACGCUUGCUGCGGGCCCGCAGCGCCUCCUGGCCGGCUGCGGAGGGGGCUGCGCGGUCGCCGUCACCCCCCCCACCAAAUUCGGUUGUCGGGAGGCGAGAGGGGGGGAAAGCACCAGACGACGAGAGCUCGACGCCCCCGGGUGCCUCAGCCCCGCCAGAAAAGGACAAAGGUUGUGGUCCAGCUGAUGAUUUAACUGAACAAGAAGCACAGAAGAGAGGGGAAAAUGCCGAAACCAAUUAAUGUAAGAGUCACCACGAUGGAUGCAGAGUUGGAGUUUGCCAUCCAACCCAACACAACGGGAAAACAGCUUUUUGAUCAGGUUGUAAAAACAGUUGGCCUGCGGGAAGUUUGGUUUUUUGGCCUGCAAUAUGUAGACAGCAAAGGAUAUUCGACUUGGUUGAAGUUGAAUAAAAAGGUAACGCAGCAAGAUGUAAGGAAAGAAAAUCCUCUUCAGUUCAAAUUCAGGGCAAAGUUUUUUCCUGAGGAUGUGUCUGAAGAGUUGAUUCAAGAAAUAACUCAGAGACUGUUUUUUCUGCAAGUCAAAGAAGCCAUCUUAAAUGAUGAAAUCUAUUGUCCACCUGAAACUGCUGUCCUGCUAGCGUCUUACGCUGUUCAAGCCAAAUAUGGUGAUUACAAUAAGGAGAUACAUAAGCUAGGAUAUUUGGCCAAUGACAGACUUCUUCCUCAGCGUGUUUUGGAACAACAUAAAUUGACAAAAGAGCAGUGGGAAGAAAGAAUACAGAACUGGCAUGAAGAACACAGAGGGAUGUUAAGAGAAGAUUCUAUGAUGGAAUACCUCAAAAUUGCACAAGAUUUGGAAAUGUAUGGAGUCAACUAUUUUGAAAUAAAGAACAAAAAGGGAACUGAGUUAUGGCUUGGUGUCGAUGCUUUGGGUUUAAAUAUUUAUGAACAUGAUGAUAAGUUGACUCCCAAGAUUGGCUUUCCUUGGAGUGAAAUCAGAAAUAUUUCAUUUAAUGACAAAAAGUUUGUGAUAAAGCCCAUCGACAAAAAGGCCCCUGAUUUUGUGUUUUAUGCACCACGUCUGAGAAUUAAUAAGCGGAUAUUGGCCCUGUGCAUGGGCAAUCAUGAGCUAUACAUGAGAAGGAGAAAACCAGAUACCAUUGAAGUUCAACAAAUGAAGGCACAAGCUAGGGAAGAAAAACACCAAAAACAGUUGGAGAGGGCUCAACUGGAAAAUGAGAAAAGGAAGCGGGAAAUAGCAGAAAAAGAGAAGGAAAGAAUAGAGCGUGAAAAGGAAGAGUUGAUGGAACGACUAAGACAAAUUGAAGAACAGACCAUGAAGGCCCAAAAAGAAUUGGAAGAGCAGACAAGAAGAGCUCUAGAACUGGAUCAGGAACGAAAGAAAGCAAAAGAGGAAGCAGAGCGACUGGAAAAAGACCGGAGAGCUGCAGAAGAGGCAAAAGCUUCUCUGGCAAAACAGGCUGCUGAUCAGAUGAAGAAUCAGGAGCAACUAGCAGCAGAACUGGCUGAAUUCUCUGCUAAGAUUGCACUUUUGGAGGAGGCCAAGAAGAAGAAGGAAGAAGAAGCGUCAGAAUGGCAACACAAAGCUUUUGCAGCUCAAGAAGAUCUGGAAAAGACCAAAGAAGAACUGAAGACUGUGAUGUCUGCUCCGCCCCCACCUCCCCCCCCACCUGUAGUUCCUCCAACGGAAAAUGAACAUGAUGAACAGGAUGAGAAUAAUGCUGAAGCUAGUGCCGAGUUGGCUUCUGAUGGUGUUGUGAAUCACAGGAGUGAAGAAGAGCGUGUAACAGAAACACAGAAGAAUGAGCGUGUCAAGAAACAGCUCCAGGCCCUGAGUUCUGAGUUGGCCCAAGCCAGAGAUGAAACCAAGAAAACCCAGAAUGAUGUGCUUCAUGCAGAGAAUGUUAAAGCAGGCCGUGAUAAAUACAAGACUCUUCGACAGAUCCGACAAGGCAAUACAAAACAACGCAUUGAUGAAUUUGAAGCAAUGUGAGAGCUGUUACUUUGCAUAUAUGUUCUUCAUUAAGCUUGAACCACCAGCAGAGAAAUGCAGGCCUUUCCACAUGUGAAAUGAACACCCCCAACCUUGCCAAAGCAUUUAUACCAGUUUGUGGUUAAAACGCAUUACAUGAAAGUUGUUCAACAAUAAGGCAGCCUGUCCGCUAUGGCUCUCCUGGAGUGGUGGUGGCCGUUUCCAUGAUUUCAUAUCACAUGUUCCUAUUCUUUGUCCUCUAAAGGACUAGCACAGUCUUAUGCUGACAAAGCUGUUAACCUAAACAUUGAUGAUUUGAAAGAACGCUAGCUUUUCCCUUGUAACAGGCCACAGUUUUUGGCAUGGGUGCACUUUGGAAUGUUCUUUUCAUUUUAGGAAUUUGCAAGAACUUGCUGAAUUUAUCAUGGGUUUUAGUGGUGUUUGUCUCUUGUUAGGUGGUGUUCUUUGGAGUUUCACGUCCUGUCAUCAUUGAUGGUUUUCUUUGCCUACCUGUUCACAAAGGUCUAGAUGCAGGUAGCUGUUCCAGCAUACCUUUUUUUCCUUAAAAAAAAAAGUGGAACGUUACCUGUGGAAAGUCUUCUUUUUAGGUCUAUUUUACUGAAGUCUUUAAUUUUUUUUUAAAAAAAGUAGGAAAAAAAUAAACUCUCAAGUUCUCCUCCCGUUGCGUUUUAUUAGCUGUCUUAUGAAUUGCACUGUGGGAAACCUGGACCUUUCUGGCAAGGGAGCAUAUGAAAACAUCAGUCCCGUGAAGGGGACAGUAUCCUACCUCACUACUAUAUACAUGAUUACUGGUCCUUCAGACACCAUAUUGAAAUGCUAACUGUAUUAAGCUGGAUUCUUCCAUAACUAAACACUACACAAAUCUAGGAGCCUUUACUCUUUAAAUAUUUUGAUCUAUAACAAUGUAGAUUUAUAGCAUUCAAACAGUGUUCAGCUGCCUUUUUGUUGAGUAAAAUUGUGCAUCAUAUAUCUUCCGCCUGGAACUGGUAUACUAUCCAAUGAGAGGGUGUGAAAUGUUUGAGCAUGUAUUCUGGGUUCCUUUGUAACUAAGUUAAUAUUGCUAUGAGGCUCAUUUCUCAGUGAAGUCUGUGCAUAAACAAUGCUGCCUUGCACUCGCUUUUAGGGCCCAUUUGUUUUUCAGGGAAUCCAGUCACAGGAAUUGUGGCAGAACAGGGGCAAAUGAGUUGCAUAAACAAACCUUUAGGUCGAAGUUCAGCAUACACCAAAUGAAUAUUGAACAUAUGUUUAUAACAAGCAUUGACUCAUACUUACCUGGUGCUCUUUGGAAUGACUAAAAUUGGCAUGCGGAGUUUGAGGACCAUGUUUAUAGAAAUGUAACUGAAAUUAUGUACCAUUUUUAUAAAUCUUUAACUAGUAGUUGGGAGAAAGAAGCCCUUUCUCUGAGGAUGGUUCAGCUAACUCUUUGGUAUUAUGCACUCAAAAUUUACACUUUCCUAUUCAAAUGGCUGUUUUAUUAAAUAUCUGUACACAAGUUCCUUAUGAAACCCUGUUGAGAGUUGCCCCCCCCAAAAAAAAAUUUAAGGGAAAUCUGUAGAAGGAGGGCAUCACAAAAGGGACACACAUGCACACACUCUGGUAGCUAACCUGGCACAGACUGGUGUGCAAAAGCUGUACACAUGCUCAAAUGUUUGCCCUGGGCAUUUCUGCUUGCAGUAGGAGAAAAUAGGGUGGAUGUCUUGCACAUUUUUCAUGCAGUGAAUCAUGAGACCUGUAUGUCCAAAGUGUUCAAUUUUUUUGCCAUAGCAGGUGAAAUGCAGUGUAUGGCUCUCUCCUGAAAUGUGUGUGCAUGCAUUGACAUGCCAGACUAUCAGUGUAAGGGAGAAAAAUACAUUAGAUUUGCUGUUCAUAAUCUACAAUGUAUAGAUUAGAAUUUAAAUUGAUCUAGUCCAUAUAUAAAACUGUGUGAAUUUUUCUAAGCAACCAGGAAUUAACAUCUGUAACAAGGUUUUUCACUGUGAACAAAGUGGUGGUGAUGGUUGUCACCAUCUUUUGAGGAAACACUUAUUGAUGCAGAGGCAUUAAGAAAAUACUUGGUGAAGUAAUUUUCAACAUGCUUCCCUUCUUCCCCCUCCCCUACUUAGCAUCAUGUUUUGUGUUGUAAAAAUUAAGGUACAGUUAAAUAACAUCUAUUAUUUUGGAUAACAUUCAUUGGCUAACAAUAAAGAGACUACAGUUCA